AUGAAAGAAAGUAGAGGAAUCACACCCUUGCGUACAAUAUUGCGUAAUUGUUUAAACCAUAUUGAAAACUUGGAAACAAAUCGUUCCAUUUGUGAUAAUUAUGACAGAGAAUUUCAGGAUUUGAAACAAUUUAGUGAAACUUUAAAAGCUCAAAAAGAAUUUGCUUGUACAGAAGGAGAAAAAGAAGUUAACAGGAAAAAAAAUAGAUACAAAGAUAUACUUCCUUUUAAUGUUAGCAGAGUUAUUUUAAAUGAAUAUGCAGGGGUUCCAGGAAGUGAUUAUAUCAAUGCUAAUUUCAUUAAGGGAGCUAGUGGUUCACCAGCAUAUAUUGCUAGUCAAGGACCCUUACCGAACACUGUUAAUGACUUUUGGAGAAUGGUUGUGGAAUGUGAGGUUCAAGUCAUUGUUAUGGCUUGUAAUGCACAAGAAUCUGGAAAGCACAAAUGUGAAAAUUAUUGGGUCGAAAAAGAAGGUGAGGAAAAAAGAUUUGGAAUGGUUCAAAUUUGUUUAGUAAAGGCAAGUUUAGUUUGCCCAGAUUUUUUGGUUCGUACUAUGCGACUUAAAUAUACAAAUGAUAAAGAUGUUACAGAAGAAAGAACAGUUUGCCAAUUUCACUAUUCUGCUUGGCCAGAUCAUGGAGUACCACCUUUAGUGCGUCCUCUUCUUGACAUGGUUAGGUUAGUAAGGGACACUCAGGCAUCUGAAACCUUACCCGUUUUAGUGCAUUGUUCAGCAGGCUGUGGCAGAACAGGAACUAUUUGUGCUAUAGAUUUUGUAUGGGGACUUCUUAGAGCAGGAAAACUAACUGAAGAAUUCAGUUUAUUUAAUUUAGUUAGAGAUAUGAGAAAGCAAAGAGUGGCUAUGGUUCAAACAAAAGAACAGUAUAUUUUGGUUCAUCAAGCUGUUAGGGAGUUAUUCAAAGAACAGUUACGGGUUAUUGAAUCUCAUCCUUAUGAAAAUAUAGAUUUUAAUGGAGUGCCUUUGAUAAAAGACUUUGAAGAGCCUUUUUACGAUACAAUAAAUGUUCAAAACAUUGAAAACUGUGAUGAAAAACAAGAUAAAAGUGAUAUUAAAGAAAAAGCGGAAGAUAGUGAUAUUAAAAAUGAUAAAAUAGAAUCAGCGCCUCCGUUGCCACGGAAGAAAAGACCAAAUGUUUUAUUUUCGAAACAAGAAAAAGAAGCUGAAAAUUUGACGGAAAAAAAUAGAUUAUAUGUAUCUGAUAAGGAUAAAGAAAAAAGUGAUGCUUCUCAUAGCGGUUUAUUAGGAAAACCGAGAAUUGUUAAAUUACGUGCCUUAUUUGAAAAAAAUUCAAAUUCUAAAGAUAGAUCGGUUUUAAAAGACAGAGGAAGUCAAACGGUUUCGAGAAGUCAUUCUUUGGGGGCUUUUAGAAAACCUUUGACUUCUGAAAUUUUUGAAAUGCCGACAGAAAAAAUGAAACCUUCAAAUAUAUCUCAACAGCCUAAUAAUGUAAACGAUCACAACAAAUUAAAACAUUCUAAAUCUUUUUCUAAAUCAGUGCCAUUGAUUAAAAGGAGUAAAUCGUUGAAAAACUUUAGUCCAUCACUUCAUUUAAGUGUAUCAACAGCCGUAGAUAUUGAUCACAAGUUUCAAAAAUCAUAUUUGGUCAAUCAUCACGAGAAUGAAAUAAGUGUUAAAAAGGAAAAUAAUCAUUCGAAACAAAAAAUCGAUCACAAACAUACAAAUUUCGAAACUUUAAGAGAUGGUUCUAAAAGAAGAAGAAGUUUGGAGUCUUUGAUGGGUGAUUUGCCGCCAACAAUAACUUGGCCCAAUUCAAUGAAUGAAGAAAAAAAUGGCAAUGAUUUAAAUAUAAGGCAAAUAAUUACGUCAUCAAAAAUGAAUUCUCGUACAAUUCAAGAUAAUAAAACUGCGGAUUUGAUCAGGUUGCAGUUGCAACGUUUAAGCGUGGAAACUGAAAAAAAAGUUAAUAAUAAUCUUUCGUCGGGAAUAGGAACCAGAGAAAGAAGGAAUAGUUUUCGACAAGCCGUUACUAAAAAUGAAUUUCAAAAUGUUUUUUUUAAUAAAAAUGAGCAGCCUUCGACGAGUACCAAAAAACCGACUAAUGAUUAUUUUCUAGUUUCGUAUCCGAAAAAUAAUAGAAAUUCAUCUGAUGCUGGUUAUUACGUUGAUUACCCUGAAAGCGUUGAUUUGAAAACUGCUUUAAAAGUAAAAUCCGUUUAUCACGAGAAUGAUAAAUACAAAUUAAAUAGUGGUCCGAUAAAUAGUAAACCAGAAUCGAAAAAACAAAUCGUUAGACAAGAAAAUUAUUCAAAUUAUUCAUCAUCGCAUUUUUCGACACCCGCAUUCAAUCACAUCACUCCUGAUUCACGAGUCUUGAAAGUAAUGCCGAUUCCUAAAAGUAAACCUCGAAGCGAAGAACUCGAGGUCAGAAAUUUAGAAUCGAAAAAUCUUUUUUUAAAAAGGCUAAAUUCAGAAAUUUUAUCGGAAAAGGAACGAGAAUCUGGAGUCAGUUCAAAAUACGCCGAUUCGCAUUCGCGAUUGAGUUGCGAGGAAUUAUUAAAAAAACGAGAUUUUUCAAAUUCCGAACCUGAAAAAUGUUUAAUGAGUAAUGAUCAUAGGGUUUUAUCAAAAACAAAUUCUAAACCUUCAUCAUUCGGUAAGAAUUCAGAAAAUUUUGACGAAUUGGACGGUUUAAAUAAUAAAAUUUCGACAAAACCAAUGCAGAAAGAGGUAAAGGAUAAGAAUAUGCAGUCGUGGUCAAACUCUAGCCUUCAAAAUCAACAAAUGCAGUCGCCACAAAAACAUUCAAAACCAAAAACCACCGAUUAUAGUUAUUACGUUGCCGCAAAAGGUUCACAAUUUGCCUUUUACAACAAACCGAUUUCCUCGCGAAAAGAAAUGCCUUAUCAAUCUGUGAUCGGCGAGCCGUCCAAGAGUGUUAAAUUAGAUCAAUCACCUUCUAGUAAAGUUUUACCUCGAAAAGAACCGACACGUCCAAUCGUUCGUAACAUUAGUAAGGCGCCCAUCAAAGGAUAUCAUCCGAAUAUCGACAACGAAACAAUGUCGCCUGUUAGAGAGCGCAGAAAUUUCGGGUACGUGAAUUCGGAAAAAAACAAGGCAAUCAAUUCCGAGUACGAUGAAUGCGAUAAAAAAUUAUUGUUACCCUCUAAAGUUUUAACCGUUGAUAAAAACGUAAAAACUUUUGAUUGUUUACCCUGGUCUCAUUCCACGUCAUCUCGAUCCUCGGGAGAAACAAGUUCUUCCGAUCAAUUUUCCAAUAAAUCAGAUUCUUCGAAAUUGUUGUGUCAGUACGAUAACGAAAGCAUAAACAAAUCGGAAUUCAAAACGAAUAAAAAAGAAAAGAUUAAGAAAAUGGCGAAAAUAAACGUAAACGAUUUACCAACCGUAUCAAAAACUGGAGAACAAUUAAGUGAUAUGAGUAAACUUAGAAGGGAAAAUGAUUCUAAAAUGUCUUCUGCUGAAUGUGAAAAUCACGGUGCUGCAGGAUCGAAAUCGCGACAAAAAUCAUCUAAAUAUUCUAAAGAUGAUUUUCUACUUGACGAACCAACAGCUCCUCCUCGAGUUAAAAGGCAUGCUAGUGUCACAAUUCCUAGAAACAAUGGUAAUACCUCUGAGCAAGUGACAAGUUGGGGUUCUAAUGAAAACAAUUUAAGUUCCGAUAAAAAUGCCACAACAGAGAUUGAUAAAAAUGCAUGGAACGGUUUGAUUGGUGUUGAUUUAGAUGCUGUCGCGGCUAGCAUGCAGCAAAAUAAAGGUGAAUCAUCAACAGUCAAAAAUCGUGUUUGGCCUGGCAAAAUUCAAACCAAUGUUACUGGUAAUCCUAACUUUAAAAAGAAACAACAUUAUUUUUGA